AUGGCGGACCCCGACACUCUCUUUGCGCAUCACGGCCACUCCAUCAACUUUGAGACUCUCCAUUAUGUCAGGCUGACGCAUAAGGACGAUCUUCUGUUUGCGCCGCAGGGUGAUACUGAUACGACUGAGGUCGACGACGACAACGGAUUAAUCUCAAGAUCUUGUGUCUCGAACUGGUACGCACCGGCCGACAAAGUGCAGGAGGGAACCACUAUCGUUCCCGCUUCAGUGCGUUUCGAUCAAGGCGACGAAGUCACAGACACAGAGAAAUCCGGCAGCAGGGAAGAAGCAGUUGUUAGUCGAGGAGAAAGUGACAGCGAGCAACCAUCGCGCUUUGUGGUGGACUCGAGCGAGGCGCCGUUCGCUAUGCCCAGUCUCCAAGACCUGCCAUCGCGGUCCGUCGCUGGAAUACUUCAGUGGUACCGAGCAGCUUCGAAGGAGCUUUCGGCAUUGCAUAGGCAUGCCGAGGAGGGAGACAAAAGUUCAUGUGAGCCAAAAAGCACCAGUCAGGAACCACAGCAUAACGUAGUUGGACUGCCCAGCCAAAGAGCCCUUGUCGCGCACCAGCGAGAACUCUUAAUUGAUCUGGCGUCGAGCACUGCAGUUGUAUUUGAAGCUAAGGAGAGGCGCGGUUCAGGGCAAACAUGUGGGAUUGGUUUUUCCAUAUAG